AUGUUGCGUGAUUAUCCUCGUUCUUAUUUGCUAGAACGUUCCUUCGCCGAAUUAACUAACGCCUUACUUUGUCAAAAAGAGGAAUUACAAAGAGCAUUACAAGCACUAGUAGAUUGGGCCAGUGAUUCUCAACAGACUUUGACUCCAUAUACAUUAUUUGAUAAAAUAGAGACUUUAUUUUCUAAGGAGUCACCAUAUAGCAAAGUAACUGAAGAUUUGUUUCAAAUAGUUUGUGGUAGACGAGCGGAUCUUGUUAGCUUACGCAGAGGUUCAGAGGACAGAUUCCUGAAGAAUACCAUCGCGAGGUUUUGCAAAAAAAUCCCUCCUAAAGUAGAAACUCUGUUCAACGACGAUUCCAUUCAACCUACCUUCAGAAAAUUGGAGGGGCAGAUAAAUUGA